AUGAAGUCCGCUGUCCUUUUGGCCGCGGGUGCCCUGCUGGCCUCGGCCGUGCCCCUUGAGAAGCGAGUUAUGGAGACGGACUGGGUCACCGACAUUGUCACCGUCACCGUGACUGUCGACCCUGCUGCCAGCGCCUCUGCUACGCCAACUGCCGGUGGACCGUCUCCUCCUCCGGCCCCGGCUUCAUCCCCCAAGCCGGCUCCUUCUCCUCAGCCUGUCGUGGCCAAGCCCUCCCCUGCGCCGUCUCCCAAGCCGGUUACGUCUCCUAAGCCUGCUCCUUCUUCAGCUCCGGCUCCGGCUCCGGCUCCAGCUCCGUCUUCGGCUCCCGCCUCCGGAAAUGAUUACGGCUCCAUCAUGGUCAACCAGCACAACGUCCACCGUGCCAACCACUCCUCGCCCGCUCUUGAGUGGGACGACACUCUUGCCGGAUAUGCCCAGAAGACCGCUCAGGGCUGCGUUUUCGCUCAUGACAUGACCGAGGGUGGCGGUGGCUACGGCCAGAACCUUGCCAGCUGGGGCUCCACUGGCAACAUUGACGACAAGCAGAUCGAGGCGGCUCGCCGUGGCGUUACCGACCAGUGGUACAACGACGAGAUGGAGAACUGGACCUUCUUCGGCCUGGCCAACCCUCCCUCAGGCUCCAACCUGGAUUCCUGGGGCCACUUCACCCAGCUCGUCUGGAAGUCAUCCACCAAGGUCGGAUGCUACACCGCCAAGUGCCCUGCUGGCACCGUCCUCUCCAUGCAGUCUUGGUACACCGUCUGCAACUACAGCCCUCCAGGAAACUUUGGUGGCCGAUACGCUGAGAACGUGCUCAAGCCCCUUGGCCAGCCCACCGUUCGCAUCUAA